GAAAAGGCUCCGUCAGUAAAGCUUAGCUUCUUUGGUAACCCUCAGAUCCAGAGCAUUGUUACGCAGUUCAUCAUGAAUUACUACAACAUAUUCGACGAUGCAAAUCGCUCAAAUCGUCAGAAGCUUGUCGACGCUUACAGCGAAGAUUCUACCUUUACUUUUACCGCCUCGUUGUUAACCUCCAAUGCUGAAAAAAGUCGAUCGUGGUCAGAAAUGGUCAGAGAAAGUCACAACAUUGUGGCUGUCAGUUUUUGGGAGAGGUUUAGAGCAAAGUUGGUUCAUGACGGAAGGCUGGCGGUUAUUUCUUGUUUCUGCAAUACUUUGCCAGUUACGAAACAUGAUUUCGACAGCUUUGUUUUUGACAUCUCUCUAGCUACCGAUAGUUUGGUUUGUUGCAAUGUGACCGGUAUUUUUCACGAGAUACCUGCGGUCGACAAGACGAUACCCAGAUUUUUUACCAGAGUAUUUUUAUUGCUUUCAUCAGGCUCAAGUGUUUGUAUUAUCAAUGAUGAGCUGUUGGUGUCGCCGCUAAGCGGCGAUCUCCGAACUUCUUACCUGCACUUACUGGAGUUCGCCCGAACAAGGACCAGCGAACCGGCGAAUCCUGUUCCGGAGGUACUCCCUGGCACCGCCGUAGUCCCGAACCAGGUGGUGGGUCAGAACGAGGAAAAACUUGCCCGGGUAGAAAUGCUGGCUCGUAUGACUGGCAUGAAGCCGGAAUGGGCUGAAAAGAUCGUACCUCACAGAAUAUCAUUUAUGGUGAAGACUCGCAGUAUAGUUGUGCGGAAUGUCAUCAACAAAUUGUGCUAUCCUGAGUCCUCUAUGAUUGCUCACGGCAAUCUUAAGGUGAACGCAAAGAUCGCCAUCUUUCCAGAGUGA